AUGCAGGAAGGCGGUUGGAUACGCCGCAUGUUUGAGGUCGGUAUUGCCCUGAAGGCGCAGUACGGCGAGGACAGUGUGUUUGACCUGUCGCUGGGGAAUCCAAUCAUGGAACCGCCGCCCGAAUUCCACGAGGAGCUGCGCCGAAUCGCUCAAAACCCGUCGCCUGGUAUGCAUCGCUACAUGCCCAAUGCGGGAUAUCCGGAAACCCGGCAGGCUGUAGCUGAUACGUUGUCGGGCGAAACGGGACUGCCGUUUGGAAUCGGCGACAUCGUGAUGACCUGCGGGGCCGCCGGAGCCGCCAACGUGGUGCUGCGUACGAUUUUGAACCCCGCGGACGAAGUCAUUAUUCUUUCGCCCUUUUUUGGAGAAUACGUCUACUACAUCCAGAAUCACAACGGGGCGCCGGUCAUCGUGCCCACUGAUGCCGAGUUCGGCCUGGACCUGGAGGCGAUAGAAGCGGCGGUGACCGAGCGGACGCGGGCGAUCAUUCUGAAUUCGCCGAAUAAUCCGUCUGGUGUGGUUUAUCCGACCGAAGAUAUCAAAGCGCUGGCCGACCUGUUGAGACGGGCCGAAACCCGGUUCGGUUCCGAGAUUUUCGUCAUCAGCGACGAACCGUACCGCAAAAUCAUAUACGACGGGCUGGUGUAUCCGCAGGUGUUUCCGCAGUACGAACGCACCAUAGUGGUUAAUUCCCACGCCAAGGACCUGGGAUUGCCCGGUGAACGGAUCGGUCACAUCGCGGUGCACCCGGCCUACGGCGGCAAAGCCGAACUUGUGGAUGGCCUGGUGUUCUGCAACCGGGUGCUGGGAUUCGUAAAUGCUCCGGCAUUGAUGCAGCACGUAGUGCGGGCCGUGCAGGGCGCGUCGGUCGACGUUGGGGAAUACCAGCGCAAACGCGAUUUCCUGUACGAACGCCUCACUGGGAUGGGCUACGAGAUCGUCAAGCCGCAAGGCGCAUUCUAUCUGUUCCCCCGCUCACCAUUGGAUGACGACGAAGCCUUUGUUGCGGCCCUGCAGGAAUAUAACGUGCUGGUGGUGCCUGGCAAAGGAUUCGGUACGCCGGGUCAUUUCCGAAUCUCCUACUGCCUGGACGACCGGGUGUUGGAAGGCUCCAUGGACGGUUUCGCAAGAGCGGCGGAGCAAUAUCUGCGCUGA